CGUCGUGGCCGCAGGCACCGCCGGCGGGGGGCGCGGAGGGCUUGCAGCCCGCGACGUCCGCCAGGCUCUCCGAGUCUGCCGGGGGUCGGGCAGCGAUGGAACCGGGGCCCACGGCGCCCUCCUCCGGCGCCCCGAGGCUUCCCGGGGUCGGUGAGACGCCGCCAGCUGCCGCGCUGGCCGCCGCCGCGGUGGACCUGCCUGGCACGGCCGUGCCCUCAGCGUCCGAGGAUGCUGCGGCCGCGAGCCGAGGCGGCGGCGGGGUCCGCGGGGAGGGCGCCGCGGCGGCUGGGGACGGACUGGGCAGACCCCUGGGGCCCACCCCGAGUCAGAGCCGCUUCCAGGUGGACCUGGUUUCCGAGAACGCCGGGCGGGCUGCGGCGGCCGCGGCGGCUGGUGCCGGGGCUGGGGGCAAGGAGACCCCAGCGGACGGGAAAGCUAGCGGCGAAAGCGCACCAGGCAAAGGCAGCGAGGAAGCCAAGGGCCGCUUCCGCGUAAACUUCGUGGACCCGGCUGCCUCCUCAUCCGCCGACGAGAGCCUGUCGGAUGCGGCGGGGGUCGGAGGCGAAGGGCCCAACGUGAGCUUCCAGAACGGCGGGGACACGGUGCUGAGCGAGGGCAGUAGCUUGCACUCAGGCGGCGGCGGCGGCAGUGGGCACCACCAGCACUACUACUAUGACACCCACACCAACACUUACUACCUGCGCACCUUCGGCCACAACACCAUGGACGCCGUGCCCAGGAUCGAUCACUACCGGCACACCGCGGCGCAGCUGGGCGAGAAGCUACUCCGGCCCAGCUUGGCUGAGCUCCAUGAUGAGCUUGAAAAGGAACCUUUUGAGGACGGCUUUGCCAAUGGGGAAGAAAGUACUCCAACCAGAGAUGCUGUGGUCACGUAUGCUGCGGAAAGUAAAGGAGUUGUGAAGUUUGGCUGGAUCAAGGGUGUAUUAGUACGUUGUAUGUUGAACAUUUGGGGUGUGAUGCUCUUCAUUAGGUUGUCGUGGAUUGUGGGUCAAGCUGGAAUAGGUCUGUCGGUUGUUGUAAUUAUAAUGGCCACUGUUGUGACAACUAUCACAGGAUUGUCUACAUCAGCAAUAGCUACUAAUGGAUUUGUCCGAGGAGGAGGAGCAUAUUAUUUAAUAUCUAGAAGUCUAGGGCCAGAAUUUGGUGGCGCAAUUGGCCUGAUCUUCGCUUUUGCCAAUGCUGUUGCAGUUGCUAUGUAUGUGGUUGGAUUUGCAGAAACUGUGGUGGAGCUGCUUAAGGAACAUUCCAUACUUAUGAUAGAUGAAAUCAAUGAUAUCCGAAUUAUUGGAGCCAUUACAGUGGUGAUCCUUCUAGGUAUCUCGGUAGCUGGAAUGGAGUGGGAAGCAAAAGCUCAGAUUGUUCUUUUGGUGAUUCUACUUCUUGCUAUUGCUGAUUUCGUCAUAGGAACAUUCAUCCCAUUGGACAGUAAGAAGCCCAAAGGUUUCUUUGGUUAUAAAUCUGAAAUAUUUAAUGAGAACUUUGGACCGGAUUUUCGGGAGGAAGAGACUUUCUUUUCUGUAUUUGCCAUCUUUUUCCCUGCCGCAACUGGGAUUCUUGCCGGAGCAAAUAUCUCCGGUGAUCUUGCGGAUCCUCAGUCAGCCAUACCCAAAGGAACACUCUUAGCCAUUUUAAUUACUACAGUGGUUUACAUAGGAAUUGCAGUAUCCGUAGGUUCUUGUGUUGUUCGAGAUGCCACUGGGAACGUUAAUGACACUAUUGUAACAGAGCUAACAAACUGUACUUCUGCAGCCUGCAAAUUAAACUUCGACUUUUCAUCCUGUGAAACCAGCCCUUGUUCCUAUGGCCUAAUGAACAAUUUCCAGGUAAUGAGCAUGGUGUCAGGAUUCGCACCAUUAAUUUCUGCAGGUAUCUUCUCAGCCACUCUUUCUUCUGCAUUAGCAUCCCUUGUGAGUGCUCCUAAAAUAUUUCAGGCUCUAUGUAAGGACAACAUCUACCCAGCUUUCCAGAUGUUUGCUAAAGGUUAUGGGAAAAAUAAUGAACCUCUUCGUGGCUACAUCUUAACAUUCUUAAUUGCCCUUGGAUUCAUCUUAAUUGCUGAACUGAAUGUUAUCGCUCCAAUUAUCUCUAACUUCUUCCUUGCAUCGUAUGCUUUGAUCAAUUUUUCGGUGUUCCAUGCCUCACUUGCAAAAUCUCCAGGAUGGCGUCCUGCAUUCAAAUACUACAACAUGUGGAUAUCACUUAUUGGAGCUAUUCUUUGCUGCAUAGUGAUGUUUGUCAUUAACUGGUGGGCUGCAUUGUUAACAUAUGUCAUAGUCCUUGGGCUGUAUAUUUAUGUGACCUACAAAAAACCAGACGUGAACUGGGGAUCCUCUACACAAGCUUUGACUUACCUAAAUGCUCUGCAGCAUUCGAUUCGUCUUUCAGGGGUGGAAGACCACGUGAAAAACUUCAGGCCGCAGUGUCUUGUUAUGACAGGUGCUCCAAACUCACGCCCAGCUUUACUUCAUCUUGUUCAUGAUUUCACAAAAAAUGUUGGGUUGAUGAUCUGUAGUCAUGUACAUAUGGGCCCUCGAAGACAAGCCAUGAAAGAGAUGUCCAUUGAUCAAGCCAAAUAUCAGCGGUGGCUUAUCAAGAACAAGAUGAAGGCUUUUUAUGCUCCAGUACAUGCAGAUGACUUGAGAGAAGGUGCACAGUAUUUGAUGCAGGCUGCUGGUCUUGGGCGUAUGAAACCAAACACACUUGUCCUUGGAUUUAAGAAAGAUUGGUUGCAAGCAGAUAUGAGAGAUGUGGAUAUGUACAUAAACAUAUUUCAUGACGCCUUUGACAUACAAUAUGGAGUAGUGGUUAUCCGCCUAAAAGAGGGUCUGGAUAUAUCUCAUCUUCAAGCACAAGAAGAAUUAUUGUCUUCACAAGAGAAAUCUCCUGGUGUCAAGGAUGUGGUACUAAGUAUGGAGUACAGUAAAAAAUCGGAUUUAGAUACCUCCAAGCCAUCCGAUGAGAAAAGUGUUACACACAAAGAUGAGGAAGAGGAUGGCAAGACUCCAACUCAACCACUGUUGAAAAAAGAAUCCAAAGGCCCUGCUGUGCCCUUAAAUGUAGCUGACCAAAAGCUUCUUGAAGCUAGUACACAGUUUCAGAAAAAACAAGGAAAGAAUACUAUUGAUGUCUGGUGGCUUUUUGAUGAUGGAGGUUUGACCUUAUUGAUACCUUACCUUCUGACUACCAAGAAAAAGUGGAAAGACUGUAAGAUCAGAGUGUUCAUUGGUGGGAAAAUAAACCGAAUAGACCAUGACCGGAGAGCGAUGGCUACUUUGCUUAGUAAGUUCCGGAUAGACUUCUCUGAUAUCAUGGUCUUAGGAGAUAUUAAUACUAAACCAAAGAAAGAAAAUAUUGUAGCAUUUGAUGAAAUGAUUGAGCCGUAUAGACUUCAUGAAGAUGACAAAGAACAAGAUAUUGCAGAUAAAAUGAAAGAAGAUGAGCCAUGGCGAAUAACAGAUAAUGAGCUUGAACUUUAUAAGACCAAGACCUAUCGGCAGAUAAGGUUAAAUGAAUUAUUAAAGGAACAUUCAAGUACAGCUAAUAUCAUUGUCAUGAGUCUCCCAGUUGCUAGGAAAGGUGCUGUGUCAAGUGCUCUCUAUAUGGCCUGGUUAGAAGCUCUAUCAAAGGACCUACCGCCAAUUCUCCUAGUCCGUGGGAAUCAUCAGAGUGUCCUUACCUUCUAUUCUUAAGUGUUCCGACACAGUGGACAGCCCUCCAGAUGGUACUUUAGUGCCCAGUGGAGUAACUGAAAUCUUCAAUGACACAUUAACAUCACAAUGGCAAACUGUGACUUUUCUUUCACUAUUUCAUUAAUUUGAAAGCACACAGGGAAGUUGCUCCAUUGAUCCGUGUAUGGAGACUUCAGUUUUAGUCAAGUCUGUAUUUCAAUCUGAAUGAAUGAUGAUGAUUCCUUGUUGCUGGACUGAAGCUCAUGAGAGUAAAGUUUUCCUUUGCUACUUGAAUAGCAAUAAAAGUGUGUUAUUUUUUGAUUGAUGAGAGGAGUACAAAAAGCCUUUAGCCUUGAGGUGCCUUCUGAAAUUAACCAAAUUUCAUCCAUAUAUCCUCUUUUAUAAAUUUAUAGAAUGUCAAAUUUUGCCGUCAGCUAUUAUUUUUAUUUCUAGUCUCUUCCACCGUGAAAUGAAAUGGACACUGCUUUUCUUCUUCCAUUGACCAAUUAGUGUUGAGUACUGUAUGUUUUCUAUUACUUUUGUAAAGGUAUCUGUUAGAUACUAAAGAUGAGAAUUAGGGCAAAUUAAUGAAAAAUGCAAAAAAAAAAAAUGAUAACCCAAAAGUGACCCCAAAGGUUAGGUUUCUGUGGGUUUAUAUAAAAUGUAGAUCUAGUAAAAAAAAGACCCAAUAAACCUUUCUUUGUUUUGUUUUUUUUUAAUCUCUAAUUGGCUAUUUGUAUUUUUAUUUGAAAUCUUAGGGACAGUUGAAGAUUUAUCCAGUACUUCUAUAUACCAUGCUGAAAAAUCUCCUGUUGUCAUUCUUCAGACCAAAGUCCUCAAAAUCAUUUGUAUCUAUUAGAAGGGAGAUCUGUCCUAAUUUAUAGUUUUCCUCAAAUCUUGAGGGAGUUUUAAGAAAUGCUAAAAGAUUUUUCUCGAGGAAAAUUAGAUAAAAUAAUGUCAUCAAAUAGACUAUUUCAGUAAACAAUAUGUGGAAUCCCACUGUACCAUCGUUUAUAAAUCAUUAAAAUAUUUAAUGUUUCAUCAAAUGGUUAAAUGGACCACUGGUUUCGUAAUGAAAUGUUUUUAGGCUUAAUUCAUUCAAUUGUCAAGUAUACUUAGUCUUAAUUAAUAUACUCAGGUUUGAGCAGAUUAUUCUGAACAUUUAAAUUUAAUCCAUUCUUAAUACUUUAAAACUUUUGUGUUAAGAAAAACUGCCAGUUUGUGCUUUUGGAAUGUCUGUUUUGACAUCAUAGUCUACUAGUACAAUUUUGACAGUGCAUACGCACUGUUACUAAAAGCUUUAUAUACAAUUAUCAAUGUGAAGUUUUUCAUUUUUUAUUCAAGGAAGGAUUUCCUAAAAACAUUUCAAGGGAUAGAUGUCUGCAUAUAUGUAUGUGUGUAUGCAUACGUAUAUGCAUACACAGAUGCAUAUGUGUAUAUAAUGACGUUUAUGUUGCUGGUGUUUUUGCAUUUUAAAGUGAUCCAAGAUUCAUUAGAUUAAAAUUUUUUUGUUUUGGUAAACAUAAGUUCAAAAUGAGAUUGAAAGGUAACAGGUUUCCUGGAGAACAAAGGUGAUCAUUGGAAGGGCAUGUAACUUCACACAGUUACUGUUCAGUUAGAAAAUGGAGAACACGUCCGCUACAGUACUGUUCAGUGAGUUCAUUGGCAUAAGUCUCCGUGGUGAAGAAUGUAUGCAGGUUUUCAUGAAUCUUGUUAGAAAUCCAUAAAAUUACUACUGUUGUCAAUAGUGCAGUCUUUUUGCUGCGUGAGCAUAAACUAAAUGAAUAGACAAGUGGAGAUCUGAUGAUAAUUUUGAAUUCAGAAUGUUAAAAUGAAGUAAUUGUUUUUCCAAAUUUUUUUCCCUACGUUAUAACUCACAGCAUUGUUCCAUUUUAUUGCAGGUUUUGUAGUGUUUUGGGGGAAAGACAGUAGAAAUGUCAUAUUAUUCAGUAAACAAUAUCGUGUUUGAACUUUUUAAAUGGAUAAUAGGGCAUGAAUUGAGUGCUGCUAUCUUGAAAUGUGCACAGGUACACUUACUUUUUUUUUUUUUUUUUUUUUCUGGAAUUUUUCCCAUUCAGGAAACCAUCAUUGUGAUCUGUACUGCAGGAACCAAAUGUCAUGCGUCAUACAUAUGUGUAUAAAGUACAUAAAAUAUAUCUAAAUAUGCAUAAUGGGGGGAGGGUAAUAUUGUCUGUGAAAUAAUGUAAGAAGCUUUUCACUUAAAAAAAAAUGCAUUACUUUCACUUAACACUAGACACCAGGUCAAAAUUUUCAAGGUUGUUGUAGUACUCUAAUAAAUUUCAACAAUUCUUAGAGAUGCUAGCUAGUGUUGAAGCUAUUCUACUCUGUUUUAUUUAUGCUGAAUUUGAUUAUUUUAAUGCCAUUUUUUUUUUAAUUCUAAUCAUUGGUGAUAACUUGGAAAUAAAUAUGCAAUGGCAUUGGACAGUUCAUUAUUUCUAUAGGUAAAUACCGGGUUUAGAGAGAAUGGUGGUGUUAAGCUGAUUAUUAAGGGUUAAUUAAAUCAAAUAUUUAUUUGUUACAUUAUUUCAUUUGUACUUUAGGUUUCCUUUUACAUUCUUUUUAUAUGCUUUCUGACGUUACAUAUUUUUAAAGACUAUGGAAAUAAUUUAAAGAUUUGAGCUCUGGUGGAUGUUGAUCUACUAAGUUUGAAAAUGUAAUAUUUUGAUAAUACUGUACUAUAACUGUCACACACCUGCUUUUCUAACGUUUUAAUGUGGAAUAUUGCAGUUGCUGCUUGUACAGAGGUUACUGCAAUAAAGGAAGUGGAUUCAUUAAAACUACUUAAUGUCUACUCUUCUAUUUUAUCUGUUUUGGAAAUCUUUGUCAACUUUGUGAUAUACCCUCAUUUAUAGGACUGUUAUUUCACAAUAUCAGAGUUUUUUGGUGGCUUUUACUGUAAUAUUCAUGCCUUGGAAAAGUUGUUUGAAAUUGUUUGCUAUCCCUGGGCCUUUGUCCCUAAGCCUCAUAGUCCCUGUCUUUUCUUCGGAAGACUUUUGGCUAAGCUGAUUAGCGAUUCUAUAAAACAUUUUCGCUUUCUUUUAUUUGAACAUUAUAGUAAGCAUGUCAUAUAUGCAGGGCGGUUAAGUUAUCUCUGUUUUACUCUUGAGAAAGCAACUUGGCGCAAUGUAGGGAGUUUCCUGAGGUCAUGUGGCAAAUAAGUGAAGAAUGUUGGCCAAGAGCCCAGAUCUUUCAUCUCCUGGGGUAUCUCUAUUACGCGUUCACUGCUGCCUGAUCCAUAACUAAGAGGUCUGGGAUAGACUGGCUAUUUCCAAACUGCUCGUCCAUAUCUGCCAGCAAAUGUGUGUUCAGGUAAUGCAAUUAAAGUUAGAAAUACAGAGUGGCUACAGGCUGGCUAAUACAUCUGAAGCCAAAUAGAGGUGUCCACUGCAUGAUCUUUACUUCUUGCUUAUUGUCCAGUAGUCUGCUAUUCAGGGUCCUUAUUUCUUUGGGGACUUAAAAGGGGGUUCAGAGGCAACUAUGAACUAUGAAUGUGGCAUUUCCCAGUAUCAUAGUAUCCAAAGGUUUUCCAAGUUGGGAUGCCAUUCAUCUUUGAGCCAGCAGGUAUUUUUUGUUCAUUCACUGGGAAGAAAAUACAAAUGCAUGUGAUACAUUUCUGUCUUUAUGGACCAAUAGGAUGGGUGUAGGUACAGAACCAAUAGGUGAUAGUUUAAUGUUGAACUCUUGGAGGAAAGAUGGCACAAGUCCUGGGACAUGCUCAUCAGGAAGUACUGUUUAGCUAGUUGAGAGAGUAGAUACACAUAAUGUGUUGGUGGGUUAACCAACUGGACAUACUUUGUUUGUAGACUCCUAAAAUACCUAAAGAUCUAAGUCUUGUUGCUCUCUAUGGAAUCCAGAAGCAGGGGUCAGGUCAGAGACCUCUUCAGAUAGGCUAUUAAAUGGCAGUGUUAAGAACUUCAGCCCAGUUUUUCCUCUUGAAUCUUCCAAUGAAUUUUGUGUUAUGGCUAGAAAGCACUGUUUUAGGGGAAACGUGAAGGCCUCUGAAUUUGUCACCUCCUGUUGUGCGGCCUUAGUGUUCACUAUGCUCACAGAUGAGGAACUCAUUCCCCAAAACAGUAGUGUCUUGUCCACACAUAUCCUCUGUUGCACUCUUCUCGGAUACGGAAACAAAUUACCAAGAUGUUCUGACCACAGCUGCAAAGGAAAAUAAAUUGUACGUUAUUGAUCCACACAAUAAGAUCAGUGAUCUGUGGAUACUGAAUACAAACAUAGAGACCUGACUCAAUACUUGCCAGAAUUUGAUUAGAUAACUGCUGAAGCUUUUGGGGCAGGGGGGAGAGAAACAUGCAGAUUUUGUCCAGGCUAAAGAAGGGAAAGCACCUGACAGGGUCAUUUUAUGUCUUCUAUCUCUAAUAACAGGUAAAAAAGUCUUAAAAUUAUGCAGGCAGUGUUUUUGAUAAACAUACGGUACACAAAAAAGUCAUCUAACAACUACUCCUGCGAGAGCCUAUUUUACUUGCUCUUUUACAAAUACAUUUAGCCCCCAUCAAGCCAUUUUUGAAAGAGGUAGUCACAAUUUGAAAAGGGAGCUGUAGUUCAUCUGAAUGACAAGCCACAGGUUAUUUUUCUUUUAAGUCCACAACAUUUUUGCUUAAUUGUAGACAACUCUUGAGUUGUCUUAAGAACUUGAGUUCCUAAGAAACUUCACUAGUUAAGAAAUUGAAGGGGCGCUUGAGUGGUUCAGUCAGUUAAGCAACCGACUCUUGAUUUUGGCUCAGGUCGUGAUCUCACCUUUGUGAGAUCCAGCCCCAUUGUCAGAUAGUGCACUAAACUUGGAGCCUGCUUAAGAUUCUCUCCCUCUCCCUCUGCCCCUCCCUUGUGCACUCUCAAAAAAAAUUUUUUUUAGAAGAUGAUAGGGACAAUUUGGGAAAGGGGGUGGGGGAGGGUAAAAAGGUAAGCUCCAAGAAAGAUUCGAGGAUUGUGAAAGAUAGACUGCUUUAUGGCUAAGUCUUU